AAGACACAGCCGGGCUCUCUUCUUGCCCUUCUCUUCUUCCACCGCGCGCCCUUCUCCUCUUCCUUUUCCACCAUUUCCCAAACUCAAGCUAGAACGAGGCCCAUAUCAUUGCUAUCUUUGAAUUAGAUAACAGAGGGAGAGAGGGAAACGGACAACAGAGAUGUUGCGAGUGGUGCUCGUCGUGCUACUUGCCCUCCUCGGCCUCUCGAUGGUCCAGGCCGAGGACCCGUAUCUCUUCUUUACGUGGAACGUCACCUAUGGCACCAUCUCGCCUCUGGGUGUUCCCCAGCAGGUCAUCCUCAUCAACAACCAGUUCCCCGGCCCCGAAAUCAACUGCACUUCCAACAACAACAUCAUCAUCAAUGUCUUCAACAAACUCGACGAGCCCUUCCUCCUCUCAUGGAAUGGCAUUCAGCAUAGGAAGAACUCGUGGAUGGACGGGAUGACGGGAACCAACUGCCCCAUAAUGCCGGGCAAGAACUGGACGUACCACUUCCAGCCCAAGGACCAGAUCGGUAGCUUCUUCUACUUCCCCUCCAUCAGCAUGCAUAAGGUGGCCGGCGGCAUCGGCAUGCUCCGCGUCCACAGCCGGCUCCUCAUCCCGGUCCCCUACGCCGACCCGGCCGACGAGUUCAACGUCCUGGCCGGUGACUGGUAUACCAAGAGCCACAAGGUGCUGGCCCGCCUCCUUGACAGAGGCCGCGGCAUCGGUCGCCCCGCCGGCGUCCUCAUCAAUGGAAAACACGGCAAGGACGCCUCCGGAAAGGACGAGCCACCGAUGUUCACCAUGGAGGCCGGCAAGACCUACCGCUACCGCGUCUGCAACGUCGGCAUCAAGACCUCCCUCAACCUCCGCAUCCAGAAGCACAAGCUACGGCUAGUCGAGAUGGAGGGCUCCCACACCAUUCAGAACGUCUACGACUCCUUGGACCUCCACACCGGCCAGUGCUUCUCGGUGUUCGUCACCGCCGACCAGCAGCCCGGCGACUACUACAUGGUCAUCUCCACCCGCUUCACCAAGUACAACUGCGGCGGCACCGCCAUCAUCCGCUACGCCGGCUCCAACAUGCCACCGUCCCCCGACCUGCCGCCGUCCCCCUCCGGCUGGGCCUGGUCCUUCAACCAGUGGCGUUCCUUCCGCUGGAACCUCACCGCCAGCGCCGCCCGCCCCAAUCCCCAGGGCUCCUACCACUAUGGCAGCAUCAACAUCACCCGCACCAUCAGGCUCCGUGGCAGCACCGGCCUCGUCAACGGCAAGCGCCGCUAUGCUCUCAAUGGCGUCUCCCAUGAGAACCCCGCCACCCCGCUGAAGCUCUCCGAGUACUACGGCAUCACCGACAAGGAAUUCAAGUACAACAUCAUCGGCGAUGAGCCCCCGGCAGACAAAUCCCCCAUCGUCAUUGCACCCAACGUUAUCAAGUGCACCUUCCGAACGUUCAUCGAGAUCAUCCUCGAGAACCCCGAGAGAAGCAUCCAUUCUUAUCACCUCGAUGGCUACUCCUUCUUCCCUGCUGGAAUGGGACACGGGGAAUGGUCGCCCGAGAAAAGAAGAACCUACAACCUUCUCGAUGCAGUGAGCCGGCACACGGUUCAGGUGUACCCGAAGUCAUGGUCGGCGAUAAUGCUGACAUUCGACAACGCCGGAAUGUGGAACCUGAGGACGAUGAUCUGGGACAAGCAAUACUUGGGGCAGCAGCUCUAUAUCAGCGUGAUCUCGCCGGAGCGGUCGCUGAGGGAUGAGUAUAACAUUCCAGAGAACUCCCUGCUCUGCGGUAACGUCGUCAACCUGCCAAAGCCGCCGCCUUACGCCUAAACGCCGGGCCUUGCUGAUCACAUUCCAUGGCACCUGAUCCUUCCUUCCUCUGCUAUCAAGGGGUGGGAUGGGAAGGGGUUCUUAAAUUGGUCCUUGUCGCAGACCGCGAGAGAGAGUUGGGGGGAGGAUGCGAUCAAAGGGAGUUUAGAGGGACGAAUAAGUGGCUUCUUUUUGGGCCGUCGCCUUCUUGUGUAGUUCGCUGGUCGUACUGCUGCUAAUUCUAUCGACACUCUCCCAAGCUUAUUGGAGACGUUUUUACUUUGAUUUUUUGUAUGUAAUUUUUUAGGCUAAGUUUUCAUUUAUGUUGCCUUUGCUGCAGAAGUUUGUUUCAGUGGGUUAUUAACCUCCGUAAGGCUUUCAUUUUUUUUUUCUUUUCCUUGGAAGAGAUCGAGCUUGUCCUUUCCGUAGCAACAAAUUAAUUCUAAUCUAGUCAGCUGUGGAAGAUAAUCG